AUACUUGAGAGACACCACUGGCAUAUAAUUAUGCUAGGGAGUUUCUCAUGGUUUCAUCAGAGGUGUCUUCCGAAAAUGAGAUGGGUGAGCGGUAGUACGAUAAUGAUAUGAAGUUGAGAGAAUGUACUGUAUUAAGUACGAGGUCACCGGUGCUGCAAAAGACGGGAAUUAGUAGUCAAUCUUGCUCGGAGGAUCGGCCCGUGUUCUUCUUACCUGGCGCUUCGAAUCCAAUUGAAGUCCAUUGACUUCAUAUACAUGUUGAAGCCUUGACAUUUAGAACUGAGCGGAGAAACUGAAGGUUGCCCAUAUUUCGAACAGCGCAACAUUUACUGCACACAUUGUACAUCGCGUCUCAGACAUGCUAGGUAUAAGGGGAUUGUCAGCAUACAUGCGAAUUGGUGGGCAGGAGGUGACUGAGUAUGGCGUCAUCCUUGACGAUGCGGCACAUUCCGUUGGCCUCUACGUAGCGAGUGAAGUUGACAAGGAAUUGGAAAUUUUGAUGAAGAAUACACUCGAUAAUGAUAAAGUAACAUUUAGAGUUUACCUGGACGGGCUCAUUGCGGGUGGGUUUAUCUGCAAACCUGGCCGUUCCACAAUAUGCAAACAUGCAUGUGUCGGUUCUCAAUAUCAAACCCUGAAGUUCGCUCCAAUUGUCACUACUGAUGAUGAGCAUGCAGCCUCGAAGGACACAAAGUUCAUCAAUGACUUGGGAACAAUCGAGAUUCGCGCACAUCGAUGUCUGGAACAAAUCUCUACCGACGUCCAACUAAAGGCGAACAAAUCUUGGAACAUCAGUCCUAUUCAUGAGCUAACUAAGAAGGCAGGCACCCAUCGUGUAACACUUGGAGCGACGGAUCCGAGCUAUGCCCCGAAGCUCACCCAAACAACUCUUAUCGACCCCUCAGACCAUCCUUUUGCCACUUUCUUAUUCAGAUACCGGCCACUAGCCAUUCUGCAGGCCGAAGGUAUAGCUCCUUUGACUCCUGCACCUGCGGCAGCAGAGCAAUCCAUGGCUCCCGAAGAGAGGACGGAUAUAUCCACACACCUUGGUGAGAAGCGCCGCCAAGAGGAAGCUGGUCCAAGCGAACGACCCCCCCGCAAGGCUCGCACGUCUAACAUACCUAAUCCUCGGGAAUCUGCAAGUGAGGUUGUUCCGAAGCCCGAAAGUAAAGAGGCUGCUAGCUUGAGGGCUCAGCUGCAAGCUAUCCAAGCUCGUCUAGACCAGAUCGAAGGUGCAGGUUCAGUGAAGAAAGAAACCGUGGACAGCUCCAAGAGGAUCAAGAAGGAACGCAUACAUUCUCGAACAUUCGCCGACGUGAUUGACUUGACCGAGGAUUGAGAACAGCUUCAUUAGAUGUCAACUUAUUGAGGUUACUUGUUUACUUUCGCUUAAUCCACGUAGCAUAUGUUCACUUUUCAUUUUUGUCCCACCAACCGUAUGUUUAGAAAGCAUCUCAUUCCACUUUUCUUGCAAGACCAAUGGUACACUAACUCGUAGCUGAUACAACAACCACCUUCCCAGAAGGAUUUGCCCGAAGAAGAAACAAAACAAAAAAGAGAAAUACAA